CUGAACCAGAUCGCGUCGCGCUUCGACCCGGUCGACGGUCAAUUAAACUUGAGCCUCUUCUUUGUCCAUGCCACCAACCGCUACCCUCUUAAGCGACGCCGUCACACAUGUGUUGAGGCUCGCCCUCGGACCAAAACAAUCCGCAUGAAUCGCUCCUCCUGAGCGCCUGUCCGCGACAAUGCCUGCGUUCCAGGCCAUCAACCUCGAGCCCGAGGAAAACGUCGACGAACAGAUCGAUACCACCAAAGAGCUUCAUGUCGACGAAGCCCUCAAGCGCUUCCAGACUGCGCUGAAACUCCACGCCCAAGGGCCUCGAGCUCGUGAAGAAGCCGCCGCUGCCUAUAAGGACCUGUUCGCCUCCGAAAUAUUCGACUAUCGAGAAGCGAGAACCGACUACGAGCGAACCGAACGACAAGCUGAUGGCCGCCCUGAAGUGUCCGCUCUCGAGUCUUUCUCGGCUGGCUUGGAUAUCGACGCUGGGGGGGCCGAUGGCGUUGCGGCCAGUCUGUCGCAAGCCUUGUAUCUUUCGUACAAGAACUACGGCCAGUUCUUCCUUGACAAGCUCAAGGACGAGUGCAAGUCGGACCUAGAGUGGAACAAGAAGGUGCGGCUCCGCUACCAUGACGAGCUGGCGAGCAAAGUUCUCGACAACUGGACAGCCGCACUGGACCAAGAUCCUUCAGACCCGGAGCUAUGGAGAAGAGCCGCUCGCUUCGCGUCAUCCUUGAACAGUGGGCGCAUCAAACGGUACUGCCUGGAGGCAGCCGUCGAGUUGGAUGACGACCCCGCCAUCAUGGAGGUUGAGCCGCCUUCCCUGGCCGAGGGGCUGGCGGGCCAGCAACUGAAGGACUAUCUGCAAGUGCUCGACGACAACAUGUCCCUGUCGCAUCCCGUGAUGGCGCCAUGGCUCAAUAUGGAGAUGCCGGCCCUCAUCAAACGACACCUGGACCCUAUACCGUUUCUACCCGAACCGACGGCGACUCUGGCGCCGUCACCCUUGCCCGCCGAACCCCCGAACGCCGUUGGGGACGGGCAGGAAGACCCUGACGAGUCUGUCGGCGAGGAUGUCGCGGAGACCAUCGCUAGCUGGCCCAGCUUUGGUAUCGAGCUGAUGAAGUGCCUUCAGGAUACUAGCGGCGCCCUGCAGGCCUGCCGGCAGGUCCUCAAGGCAGCUCAAGAAGACGCAGAAAUGGCCGAAGAUGAGCAGGAGAAAGGACAACCGGAUUCCGAGACGAGCCCCGUGGAUGACAAGUCGGGGGAGACUUAUGCAAAGGAUAAAUCCAAGCAACUGGAGCGACAGACAUCCGCCAUCACCGACGAGGGAUCCAAGGCGUCGGAGCCAUCGCAGAAGGAGCGCGAAACGUCCAUGUCCACGAGAAAGCGAUCGCAGUCGACGGCAGGCCUUGCGGAAGCGACAGAAGACAACGGUGCCGAAAAGCGCAGCAAACGAGUGCGCAGGCGGACCGAGACAAAGGACCUUGAGGAAACGACCGACCCCGGAACCCUCAUCGCCGACCGGAUCCAGCGGUACCAGGAAGUCGAUUCAAAUCUAUUCCAAAUGACCAAAAACAUACUAGAGAGCCUUGGCGUCGAAGACAAAGACACCUUGGACUGUCUCCAGGAGCUGUUAGGCUCUUGUACCGUCGAGGACAGACCUUCCAAGGUCACCCGACGAGGCGCCUUGGAUCUGCGCAGCAUCAUGACCGGAUUCAGUGAGGAGACUGCUAUGGUGCUUUUGAACAAGAAGGAGCAAGCGACGCUGGGCCUCUCCUCGUUCCUUGAGCACGCCAAAUCGGGAUCUCAGGAGAAGCCACAAGUGCCAGCCUUUAACGAAUCCCAGGGGCUGAGGAAAUUUACUGAGAGGGUUUCCAAGUACCAGGAUUGGAUGACGAGCAAUGAUAUUGCAUUUGAAUGGGUGCGAUCCGUGAGCGAGAGCUACACCGGCUGGAAGUGGUCUGACGCCAUGAAAGUUGCUGUCGUUCAGAUGCUAAACCGCGCGGAUGCAAUAGUCUACGAACGCAUCAUGGGCCAGUUUGAAGCGUUUGCCGAUGCGCCGGACAGGCUAGCAGACCUGGAGACGCUGGUGCCGAUGCUAUUCGAGCUCCAUCUCGACAUAUACGAACGCAUCACGAACCCCAGCAGCGCGGUCGACUAUGCCACCCGCAUGGAGACCAAGUACCGGCUGGACCGCUGGCUCGAUGUCGCUUCGACCUAUGUGCGGCUGCUCGGUCGCCCCGACCAAGACCCAUUGUGUGUGCGGUUCCUGUGGGCAUCGGUGUUAGCUUCCUCCCUGGCAGACAAUCCAGUCCGAGAACACAUCCUGUUGCUUUGGACCUCGCUUCGCGACUUCUUGAUGGCGGAGGAUGUCGGGCAGAUGGACCUUCCAAAUAACGUGGUCAUGCCAACCAUAUCGGCCGCUGCGGCGGAUCGCGAGAUCUCGAAGCUCACGACGAUGGACUUUUUCCUCGGUCUGUUUCAAGAGGAGAUGGAGGACCCAGUGCAUGUCAUUGAGACUCUGGAGCCGGUCCUGAACCCGUCAUCAGUCUACAUACCAAAGGCAUCAGAGAGUCCCGGAGCUUCGGCGGAUCCUUCUGAGAGGACGCUGGAGGACAAGCAAGUGGAUGCACCGUCAGACGAGCAACCGGAAGAGGACACGCCGGUGGAUGGGCGGCCCAUAUCGGAGUUUGCGAACCAGGGCCUCCGCGAUCUGUGGAAGUUCUUGCGCAAUAGCAGCACGGAGCUGCGGCUCUUUCUGUGGUCACGACUGGGAGACGCCUAUGCCAAGAUAAAGUAUCCGACCAAGCGGUUCUCGUGCCUUCUUAAAAGCAUUGAGAUGAUCGUCGCCGAUCUCGAGGGCGACACGUACGCGCAGACACCGGACGAUUCUCGCAGACUCCUCUUCAUGAGAACGUUGAAGUCGCUUGACGAGCUGCUUAUCCAGGCACUGUCCACCGCACUCAACGACGGAAGUGCCUUUGACAUCAUUGACGACGACCACAUACGGUCCAGCAGUUGUGCCAUCGCAAAGGUCAACUGCUUGCUCCACGUCGCGCCCCUCUGCGAAGACGAGGCUCGGGUCGGCAUGACCACCGCCCCCUCCAACAACAGCACCUUCAUGAGCCUGGUGACCAAGCUGCGAGAGAUGCAGGUGCGCGCCUGGUCCCUCCAGUACACCAUUUUCAAGGCCGCUCUGCCCCAGCAGGAGAGCGUCAUCUCACCUGAGAAUGACCUGGCCGACUUCCUCGCGGCAGUCCAUCGAGCAAUCGGCCUACGCAAAUUCUGCAAGGUGUCCAACAAGAUCUUUCUCAAGAUGAUGCGCCUCGAGCUCCUCAAGUUCAAGAACAUUGAAAACUGGGAGGACAAUCUUGGACAGGUUCUCUAUGACCUGCACGGGCUCAAGCUGGGCGUCGGCGUCUGGGAGGUGCAGGAGCAUGGCUGCCCCUACGACAAGCUGGAGAAGCGCCAGUCCAUGCAGCUCGUGGAGAAGAUCAUGAUUCUCGCCAACCGCAUGCCCAUGAAGGACCUGCUCAAGUCGGACCUCAAGACGACCAUCGAGCAUAUGCAGCAGACGAUCGGCCAGCCCAAGUCUACGCCGCAAAUGUAUCACAACCUGCGCAACUUUACCGAGGCCCUCAAGAAGCCCAUCCACCCGCUUCGCCUGUAUCAAGCUCUCUCGGGGGGCGUGGCGGUCGACUCGGUCACGGCCAAUGUGCCUGAGGCGGCGCUGGCCAAGUUUGGCUGGUUCUUCCUUCUGGGCAUGAUUGCCUUGACCAAGUUCAAGGGCGUCGACCUCAAUCGCCGCCAGACGCCGGGCGCCACGGAUGAUUUGCGCAUCGGCGCCACGUUCCUGCGGCUGCAGCUGCAGUUCACGGCGGACAACUGGGAGGCGUGGUUUCGCCUUGCGGAGUGCUUCGACUACGAGCUCGACGAGUCGGUGCUGUGGUCGGCAGACAAGAUGAACAAGGACCGCGCGGAGCUGGUCAAGUUCCAGCGCAAUGCCAUCCAUUGCUACACGCUCGCCCUGUCCCACUCGCGCCAUCUGGAGAUUGGCGUCAACGACAGCGACCCCCUGCACGAUCUGUACCACAAGUUCGCCAUGCGUCUGUAUUCGUCAAGUCGCGAGCCUUUUGCUAUGGAGCCCUUCAAACAUUCGGACCAGGAGCGCUUUUUUAUAGAAACCAUGGGCGCGGGUACGUUCAAGAAGAUACUCCAUGACGAAAUGUCCGAGUACAAGGUGUGGAAGUUUGCGGCCAAGCUCUUCCGGAUGGCUAUGGCGCGGAGGCCUGCCAACUGGAAGAACCCGUACAUGCUCGCCAAGUGCUACUGGAAGAUGUUCCAAACCCCGGAAGAGAGGCUGGACGCAACGGACCGGAAGUCAAGGAUAACGACGACCCUUGUCGUGGACUCGCUGAAGAAAUCGAUCGAGGUGGCCACCAAUGCCCAGAAGUCACGGCGCAGCGACCCCAUCCUAGAGCCGCAUUACAAGAUUGUCUCUGUCCUGCACAAAAUAGUCACUCGGGGCGACAUGACCCCAAGCGAGGCGGAGACGACGAUGUCCAAGCAGCCAUUCGGCCUGGUGCGGCAGCAUCCCGAGUCAGACCAAUGGGGGGACUUUUCCAAACCACAUCAGUGGGAGGACUACGUUAUUCACAACCUCACAAGACUCCGCGACCGGGACAGAUCCAACUGGCACCAUCGGAUCGUGAUGCGCCACGCCCGGAUUCUGUUCGAGGAGGGCAAAUCAUUCGGCGAGAUGGACGAAGGCGUGGACCGUCGCUUAGUUGUGGCCGAGGCUGCCUUUGCCAUUCUCAAGGAGAACAUGUUCACCAAAACGAUGGUUAUGAACGUGUGGAAGUGUGACGCCGAGCGGCCUGGCCGACACUACGUCUUCACCGAGCAGUACGUGCGGUUCAUGACGAAGCUGCUCCAGAUCAAGGCCGACCGAACCAACCUGGAGCUGCUGCUCCGACGGCUGCGCAAGAAGGGCGCCGACUUCUACCAUUUCACGGACCUGUGGGCGACUUGCUCCAUGGCCUACAUCGAGCUCCUCCGUGCGGCCUACAAGGUGCUGCCGGUCUCGGAUGACGUGUACAAGUCCCUCUCAACCGAGGAGUUUGACAUUAUCAGUGAGCGCAUCACGGAAUGGGCUGCUGGGGACGGGCCUCACAUUGAUGAGCUCACGUGCAUGAAGGAAGCGGUGGAGCUGAAGAAGCUGAAUGCCAACCUCAUGAAGGCGACACCGAUCGACGACCUCAUCAGCGAGUGCUACACCAAGAUAUACCUCGACGUCGCGCCUACGCUACCUGGGGUGGAGCCUAGCAAGAUCAUUGCCGAACGGAACCACGCCAAGGAAGUCGCCGCUCAGCUCGAGGCCGUCGCGCAAGCCGAUGCGAAACAGCCAAAGUCUCUGAGCAGCCUACUCAACCCGACCAACGGACAAGAGAGCGCGGCAGGAAGCGCGACGCCCCUCGACGCCGACAAGUCCGAGGCCGCGCCGCGUGCGAGAAAAGGCGUGAGACGACCCGACAUCCUUCGCAAGGCAGAGCAGGCAGUCGUUCGCGUGAUGGAGGUGCCAAAGCCGGCCACGAUCAAGAGCCGCGUCGGCAGCAUGUCCAGCAAGCGCGGCAGCCAGACUCCGGCCAUGGCCCUCAGCGAUGCGGGCAGCGACGAGGACGAGGACGAGGACGAGGAAGGGCCCGACGCUCAGGUCCGUCGUGAGGCGGCGGAGAACCUUGACGAGGAGAUGCCGGACGCAGACGUGCACGAUGAAGGUGAGGACGACGGGCACGACGACUCUCGGGCGGACAAGGAGCACGAUACGGAAGUCGGCAGCAUUCACGACUCUGCAGACGACGAAAGCGACUUGAGCGAUGUGCCCGAGGGCUACGACGAGGAAGUCCCCCCUGGCCUCCUGUUCCCCAACUUGAGCCGAGCUCAGGAAAGCGGCGAAACGAGCGGCGAAGAGGCGGACAGCGAGAGCGAGGGUGAAGAGGGGGACGAGGCCGACGAGGCCGAUGAAGACGAAGCUGAGCAGCGCUCAGGUGCCGAAGAAGAGCACGACGAGGAGGGCGAGCAAGAGCAUGAACAUGAAGAAGAAGACGAAGAUGGUGGCGUGGCAGAAGAUGUUGCGCAUGAGGGCGAACACGCACACGAGGAUGAGCAGGAGGAUGGACUCGAUGAGCAUAUGGACGAAGUCGAGGGCGAGGGCGAGGAGGAGGAGGAGGACGACGCCGAAGAGGUCGACGAAGAAGAGGAGGAGGAAGGGGACGAGGAGGAGGCUGAAGAGGUCGGUGAGGAAGAAGGCGAGGAAGACGAGGAGGAGGCUGAGGGUGAGGGCGAGGAUGAGGGCGAGGGCGAGGAUGAGGAUGGGGAUGAGGAUGGUGACGAAGAGGACGAAGAAGGCGAAGAGGGCGUCAACGACGACACAGAAAUUGGCGAGGCAGAUGCGGAGCACGGCUCAGACUAGGAGUAGAGCGAAUUAGGGCCGGGUGAAUGCCGCAUGGGCUAGACGGGCACGGUGCGACAGGCGUUCAGGCUGUACAAAUAGAUUGGGCAUUGGGCUUGGUAGAGGUUUAAGCGGCCAGCAUGGGACAGGGCGAUAGCUGCACAGGAUGCUUUACGACUGUACUUGUAUUCAAUGAGAAAGUGUCACGGCGAACAGACCGAAUCGCGUGGC